AUGGCAUGUGUCGGCAGCAUCUAUCAAGCUGGAUACCAGCAAUACCACGAUGCCAUGGCUCUACGAAGAAACUCCAUCCAACGCAUGAGUGACCCGAACACCGCAAUCCUACGGACCGCUCAAGAAGUCAAGCUCAUCGACUUCCGCGCCUACGAAUCCCACUCUCGAACGACGACAACGCAACAUCAACAAAACCGACGAUCUUCCGUCAGGAAAUGCUCCUCAGCAACUCAAGGAAGACGCUCCUCGAUUCAAUCCACAUACACUGCACUUCAAGCGCCGACUCACGCACAAUGGGUCCAACGACUCCCCGCGAACCCGUCGGCGUAUGAGGAAUUUCUCGAAUCCGCACUGGAGGAGAUCGUCGCACAGCUCGUCUGCGGUCCGAACGCGGCGGCCGAAGAAGCCGAGCUGGGCUACAACUACGACACGCUGGAAGACGUCGCUCCCGAGGCAUGGGUACGGGUACGUGCGCACGUCGUCGAGUCCCAGGGCAAAUCCUGGAUCGAAGCCUCCAUCACGUCGAAAGUGGAGACGAACGAGAGAGCCGCGGUCUUUGCGUACGGCAAAUGGGAGCUCGUCAAGACGAAGAAACCGUGCUGA